AAAAGAUACACGUUCCAUUCCAAGGAGUAAAAAGUGUGUUUGAAUUGCACAUUCCAGGAGGAAAGCAUGAUACAAAGAAGUGGGUGGGAAAGUUAUCCGCUUCUUUUUCCUUCAGGGAUGUUAUUUUGACCAGUUUCCCUGCCACUCCUCCUCCAUCUCCUCCUCUGUCAUGCCUCCAGCCAGAGAAGAAGCAGAAAGCUUGGUCUCUGCUCUGAAAUGAUAUACUUUGCUAGCCCCUAAGGAGAAGGUGGAGUAAAGGACCCGCAGAAAGAGAGAAGUUUUGCAAAGAAUUCAAAAGUGAAAUCAUGAGGACAACUCCACAGAGUGAUGAAGGCCCAAGAAGGACUGUACGAAGAUGUCAUCAAAGAAAAUCCCUGUUCCUUUAUGUUCUACUCUUCGCUGCUGUCAUUGGUCUUGUGUUAGUCAUUCUCUUCUCCAUCAUUAAAUGUGAUCUAGAAAGCUGCACUACUGCAUCCUGCCUUGUGCUCCUGGCUAGACUGCAGGAGGCUCAGAAUGGCACUAUUGAUCCUUGUGAAGACUUCUUCAAUUAUGCAUGUGGCAACUGGGAGGCUAAUAACACAUUGGACAUUGAUAUACCCUCAGUGAAUGUGUUUGAUGUACUUUUGGAAGAAAAUCAUCUCAUCAUGAAGAAACUUUUAGAGGAGCCACAACUUGCGACUAAUGGCUCAGCAAAGGAGAAAGCUGUGCGGUUUUAUACCUCUUGCAUGAAUACGGAUCAGAUUGAAGCUCAAGGUGCUGAGCCUUUGAAGAAGCUCAUAAAUGAGAUUGGUGGUUGGAAUAUCACCGGUUCCUGGAAACAAACAGAUUUUAACCAAACUCUUCAGAUACUCAUGGAAAAAUACAACACUUUUCCAUUCUUCAAAGCAUACGUGGGACCCAGUUCAUCUGAUCCAAGCACCAAUAUUAUCCAGAUUGACCAUCCAGAAUUUGAGUUGCCAUUAGAAUACCAUUUUAAAAGAAAUGUGAAUUAUCCCCAGGUCUUACGUUCAUAUUACUUGUAUCUGAAGAAGCUAGGAGAGCUGAUGGGUGGACAUACAGAUUCUACUUCUACCUAUAUUUCCUUGGCAUUCUCCUUUAUCUCAAACCUCCAGAAGAUUGUUACUCCCCUAAAGAAGCGACAGGAGAAAAGGAUGCUAUUUCACCACACUACCAUCAAGAAGCUACAGGAAAAGGCCCCUGCUAUUGAUUGGCUGUCAUGCCUUCAGGCAGCUUUCCAUCCUGUGCAACUGAACAUGUCUCAACCAAUUGCUGUGCAUGACAUGGACUAUUUGAAAGGAAUGUCACAACUUAUUGGGCAGUGGCAAAACCGGAGAGAUGUAUUGCAGACCUAUAUGAUACUUUGCCUAGUUGGAAAUCUCUCCCCAGCCCUGGACAGCCAAUUCCAGAAAGCUCGCCAAGAAUUAGCAAAUGUGCUGGAUAGCAGGGCAGGGAACAUGAUAAGAACUGAGCGAUGGAGGAAAUGCCUGAGUGACACUAGCACAUUCUUUAGUCCUGUACUUGGGAAGAUGGUUGUGCAGGAGAUUUUCCCCCAGAAGGCCAAAGAUCUCGCAGAAGAGAUUUUUUCUGAGAUCCGGGAUGCCAUUAACAGCCAUCUGGAUCAAGUUAAUUGGAUGAACUCCCAAUCCCGUCAAGAAGCCAAGAAGAAAAUUUAUAGCCUCCAAGUGGAGAUUGGAUAUCCAGAAACCAUGCUCCAAGCAAACAAAAUUGACAAUGAGUACCAAGAGCUGAAGAUUGAAGAGAAUAAUUUUUUCCACAAUGUGGUUGCCUGCCUAAACUCACUGAAGAAGAAGAUCUUGCUCAGACUUGUCAGUCCCCGUCAGCAUGAUGGUUGGGAAGUGCCUUCUUGGUCUGUCCAUUCCUACUAUUCACUGCGGCACCAUGCUGUAGUUUUUCCUGCUGGGAUGUUUCGUAAUCCUUUCUUCCAUACUGAAUUUCCCAGUGCUGUCAAUUUUGGAGUCAUGGGUUUUUUCAUGGCGCAUGAACUACUGCACUCCUUGUAUGAUUAUGUAUUGCCCGAGAACUGUUCUACUUGUGGCCUGAAUAUACCAGCAGAAGAUAAAGAUUGUCUGGUGAAACAAUAUGGGAACUACUCCCUGAACGGCCAUAGCAUCAAUGGUUCCUUCACAUUUCUGGAGAAUUUAGCUGACACCGGAGGGCUUGCCAUUGCUUACCAGGCUUAUGAAAAAUGGUUUGCAAAGCACAGAGGGGUAACAAAUUUACCUAAGCUUGGAUUGUCACACUAUCAACUCUUCUUUGUCAGCUUUGCCCAUGCGAUGUGUGGGCGCCAGAGUCUGGAAAGUCUGAAAGCCUUCUUACACAAGGAUCCCCACAGUCCUCCUCCUCUUCGUGUGCUUGGUUCUUUAAGCAACAGCCAGCAUUUCUCUAGACAUUUCCAAUGUCCAAGCGAGUCACCAAUGAAUCCAGCUCUUAAGUGCCGUAUCUGGUGAAAUGACCUCAAGAGCACAUGUGACAGUUAAUGCAGAAGACACAGAGAUUGGAGCUGUAAAGUCAUGACUCAGUAUAUCGAUCAUGCUUGUGGCAAGGCUAUAUUCCAUUCCUUCAUGACACAUUGCUUUUUCUUCCCCUAUUCUCCAGUUGUCAAUGUGAAAGAAGGUUCCAUUCAUUUAUCAAGAUGUAAAAGAAGAGAACAUUCCACACUGUGGAACUUCACUACUACAGUACUUUUAAAAAGCAUUUUGUAAAAAGCAUUUUGUAAUCAGACAAAAAAAAGCACCUGAGAACUAGAAAAGCAAAACCUGAAGCUCUGAGACAAUAAAUCCGAAGAUUCAAUAUCUGCCAAAGCACACAUGUUAAGAUUUAAUCCAUGGUCAGUGUGAGAAAUUUGUGUUUGUAGAAUGAAGAUAAUGACUGAUUUGUCAUGUAAAACUAAAGAAACCUAAUUGUGCAAGAAAAAUUCAUUCUUGCUCCUUUACAUGAUAAUUUCCUAUUAAUUCAAGAGCUUUUUGUACAGAGAAUAUAGCUAUCAGACUCACAGCUUGAUGUUCUAAAUCAGGCCUCUCCAACCUUUUGAACCUCAGGGACCACUAAAUUCAUAAUUUUAAAUCCCACAAACCACUAAUAUGAAUCCAGCACUCCGCUUGCUGAAGUGCCUGGACUCCUAGUGAUGGGAUGGGGUCCUUCAGGCACUUAGUUUGGCCACCUGUUUCUGCAACCUUAAACACUCAAAGAGCCAUUUUGAUUCAUUUUCCACAGAAAACCAACACUGGGAUCUCUCCCUCUCCCUCUCUCCUUUCCUCUCUCUUUCUCUCAUUUUUUUCAUCUGGGCCAGCCAGUGUCUUGGGGCAGAGAGGAAGUUGCACAUCUCCCAGUUGUGCAGCACCAACAAGGGCUGGAAGAAAUUCCUGCGAGAUCCAGCAAGAGAUGAAGCUUCGCUCCCACUUUGAAAUAGCAGGAGUACGGAGCAAAUCUCCAUCCACCGCCCUUCCUUUCUCAGGACAGGCGAGGAGUGAGUGAGAUAGGAGGGCAAGGGGCGGGGCCAGCCAGUGGUAGAUUCAGUCGACAGGAAGCAACUGCAGAGGGAACAAAGAGUUGCAGAUUGCCGACACAUGUUGCUUCCCCCUCUUUCUGCAACAGCACCAUUACCUCGUUCUGGGCAGUGAGGGCUGCGCUACUCCUUGCACAUUGCACCUCCUGCAAAGUUGCAAGUUGCAUGUUCCUCCCUCUAGGUGGAGAUUUCCAGCCCCAGCACAAGCUGCUUAGCCAGUCCCAUAGCCCAGAGCUCUAGUCACAGGACUGGACCAUUGGUCGGAGCAGCUCCUCCACCUGGGUGCGCCGUGGACCACCAAAAUUUUCUCGUGGACCACCGAUUGGGGACCUCUGUUUUAAAUAGUCCUCAAAUAACCAUAAGUAAAAAUCAUGUUGUUUAUCUUCAUGAUGUAGCUCCUGAAGACAAAGCAAUAAACACAGCUAUGUUUUGUUCAUAAAUCAUAUCACAAUAUAGUUUGUACACUUCCUAGAUUGCAAAAAUUACAUCCAAUUAUGAUUUUAGAUUACAUUUUCAAAUUCUGAUUCCCAGCUGUA